AUGUCCAGAUUCUCACGAGCCGCUGGCCUGGCCCGGCGCAUUGCCCUGCCCACCACCGCCGUCGCCGUGGGUGGUGGCGCUCUUCUAUACUACUCGUACAAACCCCGAAACAUACCCGGCUACGAGGGGCCCGUCGUCCCCCCGCCCAUCUUUGGCGCCGAUGGCACAUUCAAGCUGCCCAAGUUCCCCAAGGUCAAGUCGCGCGAGGAGCAGAUCGCUGCCCUCAAGAAGAGCGUCGACCCGAGCGAGGAAUAUGACAUUUUGGUCAUUGGUGCCGGCGCGACCGGCGCCGGUGUGGCGUUGGACGCCGCGACCAGAGGCCUGAAGGUCGCCAUCGUCGAGCGGGAUGACUUCAGCAGCGGCACCAGCAGCAAGAGCACCAAGCUGGUACACGGUGGUGUGAGGUAUCUCGAGAAGGCCGUCUGGAACCUGGACUACUCGCAGUACCAGCUGGUGAGGGAAGCCCUGAAGGAGCGCAAGUACUUCUUGCAGACCGCGCCGCACCUGAGCAUGUGGCUGCCCAUCAUGCUGCCAUUGGACAAGUGGUGGAAAGCCCCUUACUAUUGGGCCGGCACCAAGUUCUACGACUUGCUCGCUGGCAGUGAGGGCAUUGAGAGCUCUUAUUUCUUGACCAAGAGCAAGGCCAUCGAUGCCUUCCCCAUGCUCAAGCGGACAGACCUCGUCGGAGCUCUGGUCUACUACGAUGGUGCUCACAAUGACUCGAGAAUGAACGUCUCCCUCGCCAUGACCUCUGCUCUCUAUGGCGCCAACAUCGUCAACCACGCCGAAGUUACCAGCCUGCUCAAGGACGACAGGGGCAAGGUCUGCGGUGCCACCGUCCAGGACCGCAUCCCCGGCCUGAACGGCCAGAGCACCCAGGACUUCAAGGUCAAGGCCAAGUGUGUCAUCAACUGCACCGGUCCUUUCUCGGACUCGAUUCGGAAGAUGGACGACCAAGAGUGCAAGGAGAUCGUCGCUCCUGCUUCGGGUGUGCACGUCAUCCUGCCGGGAUACUACAGCCCAGCCAAGAUGGGACUGCUCGACCCGUCGACUUCCGAUGGACGUGUCAUUUUCUUCCUGCCGUGGCAGGGCAACACCAUUGCAGGAACAACGGACUCGCCUGCAAAGGUCACCAACAACCCUCUACCUGACGAGGAGUCGAUUCAGUGGAUCUUGAAGGAGGUCAGCCACUAUCUGUCUCCCGACAUCAACGUCCGCCGCGGUGAUGUGUUGGCCGCCUGGUCGGGUCUGCGUCCCUUGGUCAAGGAUCCCAAGGCAAAGAACACAGAGUCUCUGGUGCGAAACCACCUGAUCGACGUCUCCGAGUCGGGCUUGAUCACCUGUGCCGGUGGCAAGUGGACUACCUACCGCCAAAUGGCCGAGGAGUGUGUCGAUGAGGCCAUCAAGGAGUUCAAGCUGCAGACUAAGCCGUUCAUCAACGCCCCCCGCGUAAGCGGUACCGAGGAAGUCGAUGACGGUGCCAUCCUGGAUGGAUCGUGCCAGACGCACAACGUUCGACUGAUCGGCGCCCACGGUUUCAGCAAGACCUUGUUCAUCCACAUCAUCCAGCACUUUGGGAUCGAGACGGAUGUUGCGAAGCACCUGACGGAGAGCUACGGAGAUCGGGCCUGGACAGUAGCUUCCAUGUGCAAGCCCACGGACAAGCGAUUCCCCGCCCGCGGCGAGCGCAUCGCGGCUCUGUAUCCCUUUGUCGACGGAGAGAUCCGCUACGCCGUGAAACACGAGUACGCCCAGACUGCUGUGGACGUCAUCGCUCGGAGAACGAGAUUGUCUUUCUUGAAUGCUCAGGCGGCUCUGGAGUCCCUGCCCAAGAUCAUUGAUAUCAUGGCCGAGGAGUUGAAGUGGGACAGCCGCCGCCAAGAGAGAGAGUGGAAGGACACUGUCACCUUCCUGCAGUCCAUGGGCCUGCCUGAGCCGAUGCUCUCGACGACGAGAAAGCAGGUCGAGAGCAGGAAGCUGGACUUCUCCAGCUCGCUCGAAUACAAGAUGUACUCGAGGCACGACAAGCCCAUCGAGGAGUAA